UGGGAGUGUUGAUAUUUUCCAGUCAGUCCGGCUGACUGCGGCCAGGUUGGAAGCCUGGCAGGGAGUCGUUUUCAAAUUGUCGCGCCUGGGGCCGGCCGCACUGUGCUGUCAUAGUACCCCCGCCUGUGAGUCAGAGCCUCAGGGAGAGAAGAGCGCGACAGGACGUUCGAGAGAAGAAAGGCAAGGAACGAGAGUGCAGACUUUGACUGAAAUCUGAGACGGAGGGCACGGGAGGGCGAUCGCUAGCUUCUGAUUGGCCCGUGGGCAUCAUCGUAGACCCACGCAACUGCCUCGAUUGGUUGGUGUCUGCAAUUGUUUUGGCGGCGGCGAAGAUUUUGCCCACGUACUUCCGAACGAGAGGCGGGACUGUGCCCUGGCGCGCGUGCGCAGCGCCCCGGGGCCCCACCCGGUAGUUCAAGAACCUGCGAGGGGGCGGGGCGAAGAGGUGCUUGUUUUGGUUCUGUUUCCUUUGAAGCGGCAGGCCGGAACGAGCGAGCAUAGCAGUAAACUUGUUGGACUUGGAGAAAAGGCUACGACAAACUCGCCGCGGUGCCAUCAUCUAGGACUUCACAUCCGGGUUCUCCUGCCCCGUGACCUGCGCGCCACCGACGGUUCUCGAACCGGUGCCUCAAUCUCUUUAUCCGGGUCCCGCCGAUCCCGUCGUGCUUCGCGCACCACAGUAGCCCCCUCAUCCGGGUUCUAUCCCAGCGUGCCUCGCGCCGGGUUUGCUGGGGGGUACUCGGCGGUGCCGCCAUGACUAUUCUCCCCAAAAAGAAGCCGCCGCCUCCCGACGCCGACCCCGCCAACGAACCGCCGCCGCCCGGGCCGCUGCCCCCGGCGCCGCGUCGCGGCGGGGGUGUGGGCGUGGGCGGCGGCGGCACGGGUGUGGGCGGUGGCGACCGCGACCGUGACUCGGGAGUCGUGGGGCCCCGUUCCCGGGCCUCACCACCGCCUCAGGGCCCGCUCCCGGGGCCGCCGGGAGCGCUUCACCGCUGGGCGCUGGCCGUGCCGCCUGGCGCCGUGGCGGGUCCGCGACCACAGCAGGCCUCUCCUCCUCCUUGCGGGGGCCCUGUCGGUCCCGGCGGCGGUCCCGGCGACGCGCUGGGCUCAGCGGCGGCGGGUGUGGGCGCGGCGGGCGUGGUGGUGGGCGUGGGCGGAACCGUAGGCGUGGGAGGUUGCUGCUCCGGGCCGGGCCACAGCAAGCGGCGACGUCAAGCCCCCGGGGUCGGAGCGGUUGGCGGGGGCAGUCCGGAGCGUGAGGAGGUCGGCGCGGGUUACAACAGUGAGGACGAAUACGAAGCGGCUGCAGCUCGCAUCGAGGCUAUGGACCCCGCAACCGUUGAGCAGCAGGAGCACUGGUUUGAAAAGGCCCUGAGGGACAAGAAGGGCUUCAUCAUCAAGCAGAUGAAGGAGGACGGCGCCUGUCUCUUCCGGGCUGUAGCUGACCAGGUAUAUGGAGACCAGGACAUGCAUGAGGUUGUACGAAAGCAUUGCAUGGACUACCUGAUGAAGAAUGCGGACUACUUCUCCAACUAUGUCACAGAGGACUUCACCACCUACAUCAACAGGAAGCGGAAAAACAACUGCCAUGGCAACCACAUUGAGAUGCAGGCCAUGGCAGAGAUGUACAACCGGCCCGUGGAGGUGUAUCAGUACAGCACAGGUACUUCUGUGGUGGAACCCAUCAACACCUUCCAUGGGAUCCAUCAAAAUGAGGAUGAACCCAUCCGCGUCAGCUACCAUCGGAAUAUCCACUACAAUUCAGUGGUGAAUCCCAACAAGGCCACCAUUGGUGUGGGGCUAGGCCUGCCAUCAUUCAAACCGGGGUUUGCAGAGCAGUCCCUGAUGAAGAAUGCCAUAAAAACAUCAGAGGAGUCAUGGAUUGAACAGCAGAUGCUGGAAGACAAGAAGCGGGCCACAGACUGGGAGGCCACAAACGAGGCCAUUGAGGAGCAGGUGGCUCGGGAAUCCUACCUGCAGUGGCUACGGGAUCAAGAGAAACAGGCCCGCCAGGUCCGCGGCCCCAGCCAGCCCCGGAAAGCCAGCGCCACAUGCAGUUCUGCCACAGCAGCAGCCUCCAGUGGCCUAGAGGAGUGGACCAAUAGGUCCCCGCGGCAGCGGAGUUCAGCCUCUUCACCCGAGCACCCUGAGCUGCACACCGAGUUGGGCAUCAAGCCCCCUUCCCCAGGCACUGUCUUAGCUCUUGCCAAACCUCCUUCACCCUGUGCACCAGGUACAAGCAGCCAGUUCUCGGCAGGGGCUGACCGGGCUACUCCCCCCCUCGUGUCCCUCUACCCUGCUCUGGAGUGCCGGGCCCUCAUUCAGCAGAUGUCCCCCUCUGCGUUUGCAGGUCUGAAUGACUGGGAUGAUGAUGAGAUCCUAGCAUCGGUGCUGGCAGUGUCCCAACAGGAAUACCUAGACAGUAUGAAGAAAAACAAAGUGCACAGAGAUCCACCCCCAGACAAGAGUUGAUGGAGACCCAGAGACUGGAGACCAUCUCCCAACCCCCACCACUCCUGCCCUCCGGUGCCGACCCACCUUCUUUGGCUUUCUUCCCUUUUGCCUUCUUCCCUCACUCCUUUCGUUUCCCUCUUCCCCACUUCCCUCUGGCUGACCCACCACUGCACCCCCUUUCAUCGCUGCCACCACCACCAUCACCCGUCUCUUCGCCAGCUGACGUGCCCUGUUGCCCCCUGCACAGCACCAUCCCUGCACUCCACAGGGGACUUGGGCAAGGGUGCCGAACAUAGGCGAGAGGCACACAGGGACAAACCAACUGGCAGCCAGGCAGUCCCCGAGGAGAAACAUUCAGACAGAGGAAAGUCUCCCUGCCCCCCUCACUCCCUGCCCUGUUUCUUCCAACUUCAGAAAAACUUGUUACCCCCACCUCCACAAUGAUGCUGGGAAGGUGCGAGGAAGAAGUGGGAAUUCCCCUUCCCAGUACCCCAAGAAUGUCUGAGCCUUCAAUGUUGAAUUUUUUCUUUAUUAAAAUGUACUUUUAUCUUAUAAAAUCAAUCAAUCCAAAAUGAUGUAGACAACAGCAUUGGCUCUGUGAAGGCGGCAUCUCUGGUUUGGGAGCAGGCAGGCCAUGGGCCACAGAGGGAGCACAAAGAUGUGGUUGCUGUCUCUAGCCUCCAGCUCUGUGGAGGUGGGCAGUGUCUAGAGUGCAAGCCGGGGCAGGGUGGGGGGCAGGGGGGCAGGUGUCAUAUGGGCUUUGGACACUGAGACUCUGACCUCGCUGCAUUCCUAUUGCUUCCACACCACCACCACCACUACCACCACCACCACUGGUCUCUUUGGAAUCUUGGGGUGGGAGGCACCUUUGAGGAUCAUGGCAGCCACUGCCUGCCCAGGAUUUGAGUGGGGAGUGGGAGCAGCCUCAACAGAUGAGGCACCUGUGCCCUGCAGGUGUUGACAAGAUCCACCAUCUGUAAUGUCCUUGGCACAAUAAAACCAAAUGUCAGUUUCCCCUGA